UCUCUCCAACAUCGGCGAAUUCUUUCGGUGUGUUGGCAAUAACAAAUAUCCUUUCGGUGCAGAUAUCCAGGCCUUGCUGCUAAAAAGUUAAAUUCGCCAGCUCAUCGCUCUGCGUCUAUUACCUGAAAAUGCCUACCGUCGGCGUAAAACGUGAUCUGCUGUUUAAGGCACUCGGCAAAACAUACACUGAUGAUGAGUUUCAAAAGUUUUGCUUCGAGUUUGGCCUCGAGCUGGACGAGGUGACGACGGAGAAGCAGAUGAUUACCAAGGAACAGGGUCUGGUAGAGGCGGCGAAGGAUGCCUCGGAGGAGAUCAUCUACCGUAUCGACAUUCCGGCCAACCGGUAUGAUCUGCUCUGCCUGGAAGGGCUCGUGAUGGGGCUGCAGGUGUUUAUGGGAAAGAUAAAAUUCCCCCGUUUCACUAAGGUCGGCCCAGUCGGCAAGGGGGCCGCGCCGCAGAAGUUGAUCGUCACGAAGGCAACUGCUCAGAUUCGACCGUUUGCGGUAGCGGCCGUUCUGCGCGAUAUCACCUUCACCAAGGAUUCGUACGACAGCUUCAUCGAUUUGCAGGACAAGCUGCAUCAAAACAUUUGCCGCAAGCGUACACUCGUCGCCAUCGGAACGCAUGAUCUGGAUAAGCUGCAGGGACCGUUCACGUUCGAUGCGAAACCCCCGAAGGACAUUCGUUUCGUGCCGCUGAAUCAGGAAAAGGCGAUGACCGGCGAAGAACUGAUGGAAUUUUACUCGACGCACGCCCAGCUCAAGACGUACCUGCCCAUCAUCCGCGACUCGCCGGUCUAUCCGGUAAUUUACGACGCGAACGGGGUGGUACUAUCCCUUCCCCCGAUCAUUAACGGGGAUCAUUCGAAAAUUACGCUCCAAACGAAGAACGUGUUCAUCGAGUGUACGGCGACGGAUCUGACCAAGGCGCGCAUCGUCCUCGACACGCUGGUCUGCAUGUUCUCUACGCACUGCGCGAAACAGUUCACGGUCGAGUACUGUGAGGUGGUGUCGGCCAGCGGUGAAACGAAACAGUACCCGGAUCUGGCCUUCCGCAAGGAAACGAUCUCCGUUGCCGAAACGAACGCAUACAUCGGGCUGAACGAAUCGGCCGAAAAGAUGGCGUACCUGUUGAACCGGCUGCUGCCGACCAAGCAGACCGCCCCGGACACGCUCGAGGUGGAAGUGCCGCCCACCCGGCACGACAUCCUGCACGCGUGCGACAUCUACGAGGACGUUGCGAUCGGGUACGGGUACAACCGCAUCCCGAAGACGCUGCCGGCCAAGAUGCACAUCGCGAAGCAGUACCCGCUGAACAAGCUGACCGAGCAGCUGCGCGAACAGAUCGCGCAGGCCGGCUUCACGGAGGGGCUGACCUUUACGCUCUGCUCGCGGGACGACAUCGCGACCAAGAUGAAUGCACAGAUCGAUCAAAUCCCGGCGGUGCACAUCGCCAACCCGAAGACGCUCGAGUUUCAGGUGGUGCGUACUACGCUGAUACCGGGUCUGCUGAAAACGCUGGCCGCCAAUCGUAAAAUGCCACUGCCCCUGAAACUGUUCGAGGUAUCGGACGUGGUGCUGGCGGACAGCAAGUCGGAGGUGGGCGCCAAGAAUGAGCGGCGCGUGUGCGCCAUCAACUGCAACAAAACGGCCGGCUUUGAGGUGGUGCACGGGCUGUUGGAUCGCGUGAUGCAGCUGCUCGAGGUGCCGUGGGAUAGGCAGACCGGUUACUAUCUGCAGGCGUGCGACGAUCCGGCCUACUUCCCGGGGCGCUGCGCCAGCGUGCUGUACAAGGGGGCGGCCAUCGGGCGCAUUGGUGUGCUGCACCCAACGGUGCUGCAAGCGUUCGAGCUCACCACACCCUGCUCGGUGGUUGAGUUUAACAUGGAAUAUUUCGUUUAAAUGUACGUCGGAUGCGGAAAUAAAGCCCCUUCUCUCAUACCUUCA